AUGGUUAUCAGACACCUUAAUACAGCGGGCCUGGUUAUUCGCACCAUCGAAGAAAAGGGUAGAGGUGUAUUUGCAACAUCGAGUAUACCAGCCCGAACUUUAAUCGACAUCAGUCCGGUCCUAUUGUUCAGUACUGAAGAAUACACUCAUGCUAGGCGUACUGUGGUUGACCACUACACGUUCGUAUGGAACGAUUGUGGAAACUCAUUCAUGGCCCUGCCACUUGGGCUAGGCUCGAUUUUCAAUCACUCGCGCGAGCCAAAUGUUUCAUACCAAUUGGACAAGAAGGCAAAAACAAUUGAGUAUAGAACUACAAGACAGAUCGAUCCAGGAGAUGAGUUAUGCAUAUAUUAUGGCAGCGAUGAUAAGCUAUGGUUCCAUAUGCAAGGGGAUUCGACAAUUCCCCCAGACUUACUGCUACCUUGGGAAGAAUCACAGCCAUUGCCUUUUGGGCUCUCUGUAGAUGUAGAAGAUAUCGAUGUGGAUAAAGUAUUAGAAGGGAGGACCACAACUCUGGAGGGAGUUAUGAGCAAACCGCUAUUUCAAGUGGUCAAGGUACUCAGUCAAGACGAACAGGAAGAGGCACCUGGAAUGCCAAUAACAACCAUGGAUGUCUGGGCUGUGGACGUAACAAUACCCUCUCUUCUGAAAUCGUUUAUGGAUACAGUGAGGAAGAAUGGGUUAGAUACAGAUGAUCUUAAGCAUCUCAAGCGAGUGAGAACAAUCAACGGCAAAAAAUCAAUCAUUCUCUCGUCCGCUGGCACCCCUGAGACACUGCUUCCUCAGCUACCAGAGGGUGUAGGUUCUCCAUAUAUAAUCCAAGUGCCAAAACGCGUCGCUAACUCACAAGAACAACUCAUUAGAAAGAACGAACUAUGGCCGGUUAACUACAAUCCACAUAUUAUAGCUGAAGAGCACAUAUGGACUCCAGAGGAAACUGAAUGGUUGAAGUCGGGUAUCAAUGCAGCCAUUUCUGCAGCGUUGCAAGCCAAGAACACCGGAGAGCUCCCAAUCGGCGUUCAUAUCAAACCCCCUCUAGGUGUGGUUGGACCAAUUGUUACAGCCUAUGACGCGAGGCAAUCCUUAGGACACCCACUACGACAUGCUGCCCAAGUAGCCUUAUACGCGUUGUUUAUUGCAAUGAUCACAACAGGCGAAUCAAAUUUAACCCUGGAUAUAGAAUGUGUUAGCAUUGUGAAACCAGCUAUAACCUUCCUCUUCUUCAAUUAUAAUAUACUCUUGGGGGCGACUUUAGCAAUCGCGUUCGUUUGGCCUCUUUUCAAUCAAACCUCAACGAACGAUGCAUUGUCCAAAGUGUUUCGCUUGCAAACAUUAUUCGUGGCACUGUCAUUGAUUGCCGGGACUGUUAAUUUCGCUACGAUCGUGAUAUUAUUGCCGGGCCAACAUGUCCGAAUACUGGUAUCCAUGGGCGCCUUCGAAAUUACUGUCAACGUAAUUGCUACCGCAUUAUCGAAUCAAUAUACCUAUAGAGUCUUGCCUGAAGCUAUUCCCAAAAGGAGUACGGGGCCCGCGGAACCUAACUCACAUGCUUCUCCACCUAACUACCAAGCUAACACAGUGGGACUCUAUCGAACUUCGGCAUCCUUCCCUUUGCCUACUACCUCACCUUCUACUAGAGUUACCACACCUGAGGUCUCAAAUAUGUCGGAAACGAUCAAAACCAAACUCGAAACCCCACCACCCAGAGUCUCAUUCAAACAGACCAGAGGAUCCUAUUUCAACUUUAUGUCUUCUCUAGUUAACUUAUAUUCCGCCCGGGAGCCCACUAUCGACCCUGAGCGACGUAGAACAGGUUACAGACACUCGGACUCGGUCUACUCUGCCUUCAAGCGAGCCUAUCAAUGA